AUGGCUCCAUACACUUUCGAACUAUUCGCACCUUACAACAAACAAGCUGGCCUUCGGCUCAAAAAUGCAAAUGCUAGAAUGUUCGGUCUCGACAUUCCCAUGGAACUCAACCCAGAUGAUGGCCAUUGGCGCGUCACUCUUGAUCUAGCUGAUGGCAUCUACCACUAUCAGUUCAAAGUCGUUACCCGAUCAUGGUUCGAAGCCGAGCCAGAGCCUGCUCUUCCUGACUACGUCAACGACGAAACCAAAAGUAUCGACGAAAACGAACAGAUGAGAAAGACUCGUCGCGAAGAACACGAGAAACUCGUACAACUCGUGAAAGAAAGAAACCAGAAGCGAGAAGAAGAAAUCACCUUCACCGAAGUGUGGUACACUUUUGUUGAUCCAUAUGCAACCGAAGUAGAUGAGCGUGGCUCGGACGAUGCUUUUCGAUCGGUGGGCAUUCUAGUUUUCAAGAAUGGAAAGCGAAUCGUGGAUGAAUACGAGUGGAAAUACGAUAACUAUGUUCCACUGGCUGAAAACGACAAGCUGAUCAUCUAUGAGAUUCACAUUGGUGACUUUCAAGAUCGCUUCAAAGAUGUGACAGAGAAGAUGGAUUAUUUUGUGAGUUUGGGGAUCACAGCUGUGGAGAUCAUGCCGAUCAAAGAAUAUCCAGGACAAAUCGGAUGGGGAUACACACCAAGGUAUCAUUUCGCUAUUCAGAGCACAUAUGGUACAACUGCAGAGCUGAAAGAAAUGAUAGAUACAUUUCAUAAACAUGAAGGAGCAUAUCGUCAUGAUGUUUACAAUUUCUCUUCGUUCAAAUCGGCGAGCGAUUUUGAUGCUGUGAUGUAUCAGCACCAUAUACUGCAAUCGAUCAUGAUUAUUGGUAAGUCAAAUAAAUUUGUGGAUUCUAAUGCAAAUAAAAUUAUACUGAUCUUGUCAUUGAAUAGGUUUCUACAUGAACCAAAAGAUCGUGUAUGGUCUUGGGGACCUGAAUGGAAUUUUGAAAAAUAUGAUGAAAAAUAUAAAAUUUGGCCGGCAAGAAAGUAUGUUGGUGAUUCUAUUCAAUACUUCAUCAAUGAAUUUCAUAUUGAUGGUAUUCGCUUCGACGCAGCGACCCAAAUCGCGAACGAUGAGUUUUUGAAAGUAGUCGUUCAACAAUCCAAACAACAAGCACAUGAACGUGGAUUCGGUACAGAGUUCUACUGCGUCGGGGAAUACCUUCCUGACAAACCUGAAUUCUAUUGGAAAAUUCGAGAAGCAAUGGUCGCUGAUACAGUAAAUUGGAACGAUUUGAAAGACGUUAUCGAUCCUCGACGACAAGGAUAUAAAAACACUUGGGAUGUUGUCAAUUAUCAAUCGAAUCAUGAUCACGAUCGUCUGCUAGUUGACCUUGGCAAAGAGCAUCAAAUCUUUGACGAAGAUGCAUUUCGUCGCGUUCGUAUGGCGUUUACAAUUCAGGCAACAUCAUUUGGCUUAAUGAUGAUUUGGAUGGGAGCUGAGUUUGGCGAAUACAAAGAAAAGACACCUGGUAUCGCUAAACUCGAUUGGUCAUUGAUUGAAGAUCGUGAGGACAACUCGAACGCGUUAAACAAGAAACAAUUACAGUAUUACAAAGAUGUCAUUGAAUUACAUAAACUUAACUUAGCUUUAACGGCUCAGAAUCUAGAAUUUAUCUUCGAAGAAGAAAAUGAUCAAGUCAUGGCUUGGCAUCGAUGGAAUUCAGCCGUUCACGAUCCUCAUGCGGAAGGUAAUCAUGUCAUAGCUGUAUGCAACUGGGCAUCCAAAACUUACGAGAAAUACGAGGUUUUAAACGUACCACGAAAUGGCCAUUGGUAUGAAUGGUUAAAUGAUGAUAAAGAAUAUCUCGUGGAAAAUAACAAACUCGUCAUCGAUGACUUCGUCGACCAUACUGUUCGAGUUUUUGUGUACCAAAUAAAAAAAUGUGUGGAGUUAAAACGAGUCCUCAGUUGA